UAACUUCAGUUGUGCAAUAAAUCCACAUCAAUUUGAUGUCAAAUAAUAAACUUUGAGUUUCAUCAGAAGCAGUGCAUAUGUCAACCUCCAGCAAGAGUCCGACUUUCUCACUGAACACUAUUACAGCGAGAUUCAACGCGAAGCGACACAGUGGGAAGUUAAAUCUCCAGUAUCCUACAGAUGAACACUCUGAGCCUCUCUGGUAUUCUUCUCUUGUCCGGUUCGUGUCCGGUUUCUUUUCUUUGCCCUGCAAACACAGAAGCUCUUUAUGAAGUCCAUGUGCAUGGGGACACGGUGAUUAAAAUCCUCAGGCUGAGCAUGUCUGAAUGAAGGCACAUGUGGCGCUUACGCACGCGUUACGCAAGGUCCGCCCCUUUACCUGAGAGACGCGCACCUGGAUCCAACGACGCGGAAGUCCGGCUGAGAUGACUACACUUUGACAUCGCCGUGGUCAGCUGUUCUGCUGUGGGACAGUCGCUGUGGAAGUUCAAAACUCUUCUGGAUAUGAACUUAUACGAUAUUUAAACGCAAUCGGUUUGACAGGCGGUGAUGUUACGCAUGGGGUGUGUGUCAGGUGAAGCUUUGUUUCUCACACUCUGAGCGCCGGCUUCGCCUCAAAAGAAUGACGUUCUUCCGCAGGCUUCUGCGCAGACGACUGCACCCAUGGAAGCUGGCCAUAGUGGCGUUGGUGUUCGUGACGUUCCUGUUUCUGAUGCAGCGAGAGGUGGUCAGUCAGAACCCCCAAGACGAACCCUGGCUCAAGGGGAUUGUGGAGAAACGGGACGGUGUUCUUGAGAUGGUCAUGGGUGCGGUGAAUAACUUCCGGGACGCUAUGCCCAAGAUGCAGAUAAAAGCUCCGGUGAGGAAGCAGGAGAGCCAGGGCAGUCCGGCCUGUCUGUCCGGAUACUACACGGCCGCUGAGCUCCGACCGGUCCUAGAAAGACCACCGCAAAACCCCAGUGCCCCAGGGGCUUCUGGGAAGGCUUUUCACACUGACAAUCUGAGCUCGUCAGAGCAAAAAGAAAAAGAGAGGGGAGAGGAGAAGCACUGCUUUAACUUGUAUGCCAGUGAUCGGAUCUCACUAAGCAGAGACCUCGGCCCCGAUACGAGACCUCCAGAAUGCAUCGAACAGACAUUCAGACGCUGUCCACCCCUGCCGACCACAAGCGUGAUCAUCGUCUUCCACAACGAGGCGUGGAGCACGUUACUGCGGACCAUCUACAGUGUCCUGCACACCUCCCCUGCUCUGCUCCUCAAAGAAAUCAUCCUCGUGGAUGACGCCAGCUCUGAAGAGCGACUAAAGGACGAACUGGACGAGUAUCUGAAACAGCUACACAUCGUCCGCGUGGUCCGUCAGCGAGAACGAAAAGGCCUUAUCACUGCGCGGCUCCUCGGGGCCUCCGUGGCCACGGGCGAAACACUCACCUUUCUGGAUGCCCACUGUGAAUGUUUCCACGGAUGGCUUGAGCCGCUGCUGGCCAGGAUAGCGGAAAACUCCACCGCCGUAGUGAGUCCCGACAUAACCACCAUUGACCUGAACACGUUUGAGUUCAUGAAACCCUCACCGUACGGACAGCAUCAUAACCGGGGGAAUUUUGACUGGGGCCUUUCCUUCGGUUGGGAGACCCUUCCGGAUCAUGAGAAACGGAGACGCAAAGAUGAGACGUACCCUAUUAAGACGCCAACGUUCGCAGGGGGAUUGUUCUCCAUUUCUAGAGAUUAUUUCUACCGUGUAGGAAGCUAUGACGAGGAAAUGGAGAUUUGGGGAGGAGAAAAUAUUGAAAUGUCCUUCAGGGUUUGGCAGUGCGGCGGGCAGCUAGAAAUCAUGCCCUGUUCAGUCGUAGGCCACGUGUUUCGCACAAAGAGUCCGCACACCUUCCCUAAGGGCACGCAGGUGAUCGCUCGCAAUCAGGUGCGUCUGGCUGAGGUCUGGAUGGACGACUAUAAAGAGAUCUUCUACCGGAGGAACCAGCAGGCCGCUCAGAUCGCCAAAGAGCACUCUUUUGGAGACGUCUCCAGGCGUGUAGAUCUCCGGGACAAGCUCCAGUGUAAGAGCUUUUCCUGGUAUUUGAAGAACGUCUAUCCAGAGGUCUUCAUGCCCGAUCUCAACCCGCUGCAGUUUGGCGCGAUAAAGAACGUGGGGAAGGAGGCCUGCUUGGACGCGGGAGAGAGUAAUGAGGGAGGGAAACCUCUCAUUAUGUACCCCUGCCACGGGAUGGGAGGAAACCAGUAUUUCGAGUACUCAACCCAUCACGAGAUCAGGCACAACAUUCAGAAGGAGCUCUGUUUGCACGGGACGGAUGGAGUCAUCAAAUUAGAGGAGUGCCAGUAUAAAGGUCACAACACCAUCACAGGACCUCAGCAGAGAUGGGAGCUCAGAGAGGAUCAGCUGUUCUAUAACAAGGGCUCAAAACAGUGCCUGACCGCUCGACAUGAGAACCCCGCUCUAGUGCCCUGCAAUCCAGCUGACAAGUACCAGCUCUGGGUCUUCACAUGAACUGCGGGAGCUAUGACACACACACAUACACACACACACACACACACACACAAACACACACUCUCAGGGUCCAAAACUUAACUUCUUGCCACAGCUGCCAAUGAAUUCAGGAAAAUUUACAUGCCAAAAUGAUUUCUUACUGGCCGUGAAACUGUAGUUUACAGUAUUGUUUCUAAAAAAUACAUUUUUAUUCACAUGACAAUUAAUUACAGAGCAGAUUUUGACAAACAGUGCAAUUAAUUUGCUCUGUCCCAAAUUCUACAAAGACAGUUGCCUUCUUGGGGAGCAUCCUGAUGGUCAUGGAACCUCAGAAGUAAGUGACCGAUUUGUAACGCUCUACACAUGCAGAGACUUAAUAGGGUGCAACAGUGCAUGUCCACGUUUUCAGUAUCCUUCAUUCUAGAAGUGUUUUUUCCCAUACAUUUUUCAAUUUUUCAGAUUUUAAACAGUCUACGAGGUGAAUCACAACAUUACAAACUUAGAUUUGUACUAAAAAAGUUUAGAAAUCAGACAAAAAGACUGUGUACUUUGACACAAAUUUCUUGUCACAGUUCUCUGAUUGGUGGAGAUUUCUCUGCAGAAUCAUGGGUAAUGUAGUUUUUCACCAGGAAUUUCACUUAAAAAAAAAAAAGGUUUAAAUAAUGCAGGCUGAUUGCUUCAGCAAAAGCAUAUGAGCAUAAAAGCAUAAGAUAUUGUUAACAAUUAAUAUCCCUACACUCUUAAAAAUAAAGGUUCCAAAAGGGCGUUUUUGCAGUGAUGCCAUAGAACAACAGUUUUUGGUUCCCAAAAGAACCUUUCAGUGAACAGUUCCUAAAAGAACCAUUUUGAAGAAUAUUUUCAAAAUCUAAAGAACCUUUUUCGACAAUAUUUUUUUUAAUGCUUUUGAAAGGUUCCUUGGAUGUUGAAGGUUCUUCAUAGAUCCAUUAAUGCCAAUAAAGAACCUUUAUUUUUAAGAGUGUACAUGAAUGAUAUUUUUACUCUCGUAACCAUCUGUUGCACUGUACAGGUUGUUCAAUAGAGUUUGUGUUUAGCAUGUUGCUAUGUUAACAUACUCAUGAGUCUUUUCAAUUAGAUUUGAGUUUUUUUUUUUUAUCUGAUUCAUUUGGUAUUGGCUGUUUUAUAAGUAUAUUUGGGAAUUCCUUAAAAAUAUUAAAACAAAGAUGCCAAAAUUUUAAUGUGGAGUGCCAAAAGUAAAUGUCGCAGUAUAUCUAGCUAUAUUAUAUUAAAAUGUAUAAAAAUUUUAAGUAAACAAAAAUGUAAAUGUAUGUAUUUUAUCAAAUUCACUUAUAUUGUUUUCUAUUCCAAUGCAAAAAUAAAACAAACCACAACAAAAAAUAUAUAUAAAUAAGAAAUGAAGAUAUGCUUCAGUUGCAUGUUUUUUUUUUUUCUCCACCUAUUUUUUAAAUAUGUUUUGUAUCAUCCUCUGUGGGCAUUUUUGUAUUAAAAGAAUUGGAAACGUGACCACAACCAUCAAAUUCCCAUCCUUAUUUAUAAUUAACAUUUAUCUUAACACAUUCACCAUCUUAGAUGGACUUUUUUCACAGAGCUUCUUGCAGUGCAUAAUGGGAUUUCCUUCUUUUUCAGCAGAUGCUUUUUAUAAUUUAUGAUCAGAUAAACAUACAAUCAGUCUCACAAUCACAGUUAAACUGAGUAAUAUUGCAGAUCUUUAUAAAGUCAGACAAACCAUGUGUUAUUUACUUGCCAAAGCAAAUUUGAUGUCUGAUGCAUUGCAAGUAUUAAUUUUGGACCCUGAACACACACACACACACACACACACACACACACACACACAGACAAAUACCGGACAGAGUCUUUAAUUUAUUUUUGUAUGUGGAGAAUAUUGCUGCUGGAGAGUUGGAAUAUCUAUGGGACCAAAAACGGAGCACAAACAGACAUAUUCCUGUCUAUAGGGGCCAAGGCACGUGCAGUGAUGUGAAGUUUUAUUUUCUCUCUCUCUGUCUUUCUCUCCAUUAUGUCUGAAAGACUACAGGACUUGUGUCCUCACGCAGUGACUUUUCUUAUUUUUCUACUGGAUGAGUUCAACCACAGUGAUGCUGAGUAUCAGUUGCAUCCUCUGAAUGAACUGCAGAUUGUGAUCUUCAAAAAUUCUUCAAAUAAUAUAAUGCAUUAGCAGAUUUUACAGCACCAAAGACUUCCUGAAAGUAUUUGCUUCAUAUUCACUUUUCACAAAGCGAGUUUCUUUUCUUUUUUUCUUUAAAUGCAGCAAAACAAAGUUCUGAGUCAUUCCUGUUCUGCAGCAUAUUUCUGCUCUGUACUAUUAGUGAAAAACCUAUACAGUUGUCACCAAGUUAAACAAUAUUUUGAAGAAAACACGUUUUGUUUGAAACUUUAGAACAGAAAAUGGAAUAUUAUCAGUUUUUUAUUUUAGAAGUGUAGCAACGUGAUAAUUACAUUCACUAAAACUAAAAUAGUAAAAUGAAUGUUCAUGUAAAAGAAAAUGUAUUUUAUAUAUAAAAUUAAAUUUGAAUACAGUAAAAUAAGACAUGGAGACAUGAAAAUGUGUUGCAUAGCAGGAAUGAUGCUGAUUACAGGUCAAAUAUUGAAAUAUUUAAUUUCUGUGGGAUGGUUUUAUGUUUUUAACCAUUUAAACCCUUUUUUGUUUUAUUUGACCAAAUUUCAAUAUUUUGUGUUUUAUUAGAUGUUACUUUUGUAUAUUUUGACAUGCUGUUGAGUUCUAUAAGACUGAAGGCAGUGAAUGACAGAGACUGGCAGUAGAGGGCGCUGUUAUACAAGAAUACACCGAAUGAACUGCAAAGCAUCAGGCUAGAAACCUUUUUUUUUUUUCUUUUUUUUUUUUAAAUUGCAGCAGGUGAUUUCAUCAAUCAGAAGAUUCACAAAUUUAGUUUAUAAACCACCGUUCAAUAAUAAUGCCAUGAAGUGAUGUAGAUUAUAGAAUAUAUUUUGUAACGACAACAAAAAAGGAUUACAUUUUUGUAAGAUUGUUUCUGAAUUACAGAAAAGAAACUAAGCGUUCCUAUUAAAGAUGGAGAAAUGUAAUGCUUUAGAUGCUUUUAUUAUUAGGCUACUGUCUCUCUGUCUGUCUGUCUGUCUGAACUCUUCAAGGGUUUGUCAAGCCAACACCUGAUUUUUUUUUCCAUUUAGAGAUUUAUGAUGCAACAAGAAGCACUUUAACAAAGAGAAUUUUUAUUCAAUACAUACCGUUUAAGGAACGCACAAUAAAUACACAUUAUAAUAGAUCAUUCAUAAGAAAUACUGAAAACAGAACGAGAACUGCGAUUCUAACUGGUAACAUGAUAUGACGACUCCUGUCUGCUGCCAGUUCAUCCGGUCCCGCUCUAGUACAGGCUUCAAUGACAUUACAUCUGUACACGUGUCUUUCACAUCCCAUAAUGCAUCAAAGACUGAGGUCUGUUGUACCAGCACUGUGUGUGUAAGUCAAGAGGUGAAUUAAAGAUAAAUCUGGACCAAUGUCCGGACAUUAAAUCCUAGAAGGCAAAACACAGAGUGAAUUUGCUUUUGUAGAAUCUGAAACGAAGGCAUACACUUUUAAGUAAACCAUUGGUUACUUAAGCCAAGGCAGUGAUCCAAUGCUGCUGCCCAGAUUACCAUCGCAACAUUCUGUAUUUUCAGUCAUUUGAAAACACAUCUUCUCUCUCUAUUUGUUUUAUCUUUAAAGGCGAAGUAUGUAAUUUCUGCACUGGUGGUAGCCAUGAGUGUUUUUCAGGAUGUUCUGGGUGGAUGCUCAAAAUGAUGAAAUUGUUCAAUAUUAUGACAAGUCUUAAAUAUGACUUUAAAAGUAAAAAGUGACAAAAUUCUGAGGUAUAAAGUCAUAAUUGUGACAAAAUUUGAAAUUAUGAGUCAUAUACAAAAACAUUUAAAUUAUGACAAAAACAAUUAUGACGACAUCAAAGUCGAAAGUCAGAAUUAUGAGAUUAAGUCCAACACUGUAAAAAGUGAAAGUUGACUUAACUUAAAAAAUUUAGGAAACCCGUUGCCUUAAAAUGAUUAAGUGCAUAAUAAUUACAAAAAAAAAGUUAAGUGAA